CAGCAUUCUUCCCACUAGCAUUUACUGUUUGUAGCUACGUUAGCUCUGUCAUUAAGUCAGUUCACCAGCCUUCAUACAGCCUGCUGGACGCAUAAAAGCAGUGGAGGUCAUCUUUAACUACGAUACAGACGAGUAGAGCAGCAGGUGAACAUUUCGGGUGCAUGAUAUCGGUUGAGAUGUGUAAUAAGCUGCAUUGGACAUUAAGGUCCUACCUGGCUAUCAGCCUAUCAACUGACAGCUGUCACCGCACCUAGCUGCUUAGCUAGCUGCAUAGGUGAGCUAACGGCUAACAAGUGUUUUUCGGGCGAAUUUAGCCAGGCAGUGCUGCUCUCCGUUCAGAGUGGAAACCGGUGACUUCCGCAUGAACGUUAUAACUAUCUCAGUAUUUUCUCAACAAUAUUCGACUCCGCCUGCUGUUCAAAUGAGUUAGCCAAAGAGCGUCGGACCGCAGUGUUUGGGAUAUUUUGAGGUCCAGCUAGUUAGCUAGCAUUUAGCUUUAAGCUAGCUGACUAAAUUCAUUCAAUUAUUGAAAACCUGCUAAAGCGCUAACGUUAACACCAGAGCCUCAACGAACAGUUUUAUCCAAUCACAGUUGUUCUGCUACUAAUAUAUAUUGGACUUGGCCGUGCUUUGGAUAACCUCGGGGGGGGGGAAAUGAAGAAAUUUUUUGAUUCUCGUCGGGAGUUGGUGAGCUCUGGGCCGGGCUCCGGAGUCGGUGGAGGAGGCGCUGGUUCCGGCGGCGGUGGCAGCUUCAUCGGAAGGGUCUUCACCAUCGGACGAUAUCAAGUGACCGUCGAGGAAAUCGUCGCCGAAGGAGGUUUUGCAAUCGUUUUUUUGGUGCGGACUCAUCAAGGCGUACGUUGUGCACUAAAAAGGAUGUAUGUCAACAAUGAACAUGAUCUGCAAGUCUGCCAACUUGAGAUACAGAUUAUGAGGGACCUAGUGGGCAACAAAAACAUAGUUGGUUAUCUGGACUCCAGCAUAACUGCAGUUGGAGCUGACGAUGUGUGGGAAGUCCUAAUCUUAAUGGACUUCUGUCGAGGUGGGCAGGUGGUUAAUCUAAUGAACCAGCGGCUACAGACAGGCUUCACUGAAGCCGAGGUGUUACAGAUCUUUUGUGACACGUGCGAGGCGGUCGCUCGUCUCCACCAGUGCAAGACUCCAAUCGUCCAUCGAGAUCUUAAGGUGGAAAAUAUUCUUCUGCAUGACCGGGGACACUACGUGCUCUGUGAUUUUGGAAGUGCCACCAACCACUUCCAAAACCCUGAGACAGAGGGGGUGGCAGUCGUGGAGGAGGAAAUCAAAAAGUACACUACUCUGUCAUACCGCGCUCCAGAGAUGGUCAACCUCUAUGGUGGAAUGAUAAUCACAACAAAGGCAGACAUUUGGGCCAUGGGUUGUCUUCUCUAUAAGCUGUGCUACUUCACGCUACCUUUUGGGGAGAGCCAAGUAGCGAUCUGUGAUGGAAGUUUCACAAUCCCAGACAACUCCCGCUACUCCCAGGAUAUGCACUGUCUCAUCAGAUACAUGCUCGAACCUGACCCAGAUAAGAGACCAGACGUCUACCAAAUAUCCUACUUUGCCUUUAAACUGGCACGACGAGAGUGUCCGGUCCCAAAUGUACAUAAUUCACCUAUUCCUGCAAAACUUCCCGAGCCCAUUAGAGCCAGUGAAGCAGUGGCCAAAAAGAGUCAAACCAAAGCCAGGCUCACAGACCCCGUUCCUACCAUGGAAACCUCCAUUGCACCUCGCCAACGACCCAAGGCUGGCCAGGCUCAGCCCCAGCCGAUAUCAGGCAUUCUUCCCAUCCAGCCAGCUCUCACCCCACGCAAGAGACCCACUGUGGCUGCUGGAGCACCCCAGGCCAUAGGUGUUGGUAUCAAUGUCCCGCCACCAGCUUCAGCCGCUGUGCAAGCUGCUCAACAGGCUCCUGCUGCACAGGCUGCACCGCAGCCAGCUCCCACAGCCAACAUGCAGCCACAGGCUACACCACAGCAUCAGCAGCUUCUCAUGAAGCAGCAGCAAGCCUCAGCCUUUCUAAGCCCACAGAGUAACCAGCAGCACCAACUGAUACAGAGCCUCCAGCAACAACAAACAGCGUCUCAGCCGUCUACCCUGCUGCAGUCCAAAGUUAAGCCUGUUCAUCCAGUUAGUGCCCUGCAACUGCCACACCAGCAGCAUGUAGCUCUUGUCCAUGUCCAUGAAACUGCAGCUUCUCUUCUGACCCCCAUCCCUGAGUCUGCAGUCGUUGGUCCUGCAGCUGACCCAGAGACGGCUGACCGAGUGAUUCACAAAGUCGGCUCAAUGACACCCCCCUCGUCGCCAAAGAUGGCCCCUAAAAGCGGCCACAGACGCAUUUUGAGCGAUGUCACUCACAGUGCCGUGUUCGGGGUCCCGGUCAGCAAAUCCACCCAGCUACUGCAGGCAGCCGCAGCUGAGGCUGGCCUCAACAAGUCCAAAUCAGCCAGCACGACUCCUUCUGGCUCCCCCUGCUCGUCCCAGCAGAGUGUUUAUCAUCCAGGUGAUGCUAACGCCCAAUCGGCCCUUACUGCACCCAGCGCUCAGCCCAGCUGGAACCCCUUUGGGGAUGAUAACUUCUCCAAGCUAACAGCAGAGGAGCUGCUUAACAAAGACUUUGCAAAGUUAGCGGAGACUGCCACACCAGGAGAGAAGGUCACAGGCUCCACUGAAAAUCUCAUUCCAGGGCUCAAUGCGUUUCCAGCUGAAAGGUCGGCAGACAUCAUGAGUGCAGGUUCAGCGUUGUUGACUGUCCCGGACCCCUUUAAUACCCUCUCCCUCUCUGACACCACAGAGAAGCUGAUUGAGGGACUGAAGUCCCCGGAAACUUCUCUGCUGCUCCCCGACCUCUUAACACCGGCCAACCCCUUCAAUAGUUCUGCAGAGAGCUCCACCAACGUGAAGGCAGAGGUGUGUGUGGAUUCACUGAUUCCUGGUUUGGAAGCCCCCCAGGCCCAGCGACACUCGGGCCAGCCAGAGCUCCUCCCUGCCAGCAUACCAGACUCUCUCACUGGGGAGGACUCUGUGCUGGGUUGCGACCUGUUAUCUCAUACUUCUCCUCAUGGAAGCCAGUCUGUUUCUGCUCUCCCGUCCUGCUCCUCCUCCUGCUCCUCUGCUCCUCCUGGAUCCGGCUCUGGAUCCUGUCUGGAGGAGCUGCUGCCUGGUCAGACAGCUUCUGACUCUGCUUUUCUCAUGCCGUGUGGGGAGAAGGGCAAUGACGACGAGUUUGACCCUAUUCCCGUGCUUAUCUCCAAAAACUCAAAUCAAGAUGUUCAAGGGGAAAGCAAUGGCUACUCAGUUCUUAGUGAGGGACAGGAGACUGAACCUGCAAAAAGAGAAUCUCGCGCAAACGAGGGAUGUGUGCACUCCAGCGAUGAUGAAGAAGAAGAGGAGGAGGAGGAGGAUGAAGCCCACGAAGAAGAGCAGCAGGAUGAUGGAGCCGUUGAGAGUCAGGCAGCCGUCCAGGACUGCAGCGGCUCCAGACCUCUGCUGCUCGACUCGGAGGACGAAGAAGAACCUCGGUUAUUCGUCCACUCGUCACCGCUCUCCAGCGCAGUCCCAACGCAACCGCCCGCUACCUUCCACCAACCAACUCCGAGCACCUUCGCUCCGAAUCAUUCCCAGCAUGUACACGAGCCAGCAAAAGGGCCAGAUGUCGGCGCAGACGUUUUCUCCAAAGCACCCUUUCGCGUUGCGCAAGAAGAAACUGCCGACGUGUUUGCCAGCGCUCCGUUUCCACGCGGCCCCCUUGCGGCUCCGCAGCACUUCGACGUAUUCUCUCAGGCUCCGUUCGGAAAAAGAAAAGAGGCUCCAGGAGCUCCGCAAUCGUAUCCUCAUGGGUCUGGAGUUCAUCACGCUGUGACCGCUGACCACGGCGUGUUGGGACAAGUUGUCCAGCAGCCGUUCCGCCCACAAGCUCUGGCCAAAUAUUCCAGACACUUUGAGGGACCUGCGCCGCACAAGCCAGUAGCAGCUCACCGGGUAGUGUCGAACGUGAGCAGGCAAGCCGCUGUGGCGUCGGUCCCCGUCGGACCUCUUCACUCAUGGACCUCGGAAGUGAGCGCCGUAGACCCUUUCGUCUCUGCCCCCUUUCACCUCAAGGCCCCGCAAGAAAAGCCCUGAGCGCACGCUCGGGAGAGGUCAGCGCUCAUAACUGAAUUAUGCAAACCAUUACAGGCGUCCUGCAUGCUGUUGCAAGCGCUGCAGCUGGACUGCAGGCCUGCAUGGAUCUCAUUCUUAACUGGCUCCAAUUAGUGGUAGUGCGAGGUCAUCUUUACACUUGAAUGCUCCAUUAGAGUAAGAAAACUGACAUAAAUCCUUGACUCCUAGUCUCUUCUUUUUUUUUUAUAAUAUUUCCUGUCGCGUCCUUUUACCUUUUUUUGAAUCGUCCUUGGUCCUUUUGGUACGUACAUCUACAACACAAAGACAAUAUGGUGGUCAAGCAUUUGAUUGUUUUCUUGCCUACCUCAGUUAAUUUUCGUAUCGGCGCUAAAACACCACGCAGUGACGUGAUUCGUAGUAGGGGUGUCACAAUUUUCCGAUUUUUAAAUCAAAAUUGAGCUUUCAAUUUCGACUAUCGUAAUCAAAAGCAGGGUCGGCGAUUACCCCAGUAUCUUUGUUUCUCUCCCCACCUGCACCUACUUGCGCACGUCCAAAGAAAAACAGCAUAGCUUACCGGCUGGUAGCAUGCAGCUAAAGACACAAGGUAACGUUAAUUUAGCGGUAGCCUGCAGCUGCUCUUUUCCAGACCCCAUGGCCACUGCCGGAGUCUGAGAUAACGGAGGAACAACCGAACUGGAAACUCCUCCUGCUGCUUCCCUGAAGUCACCGUGUGGCAACAUUUAUUCCCCCCCGUGAGUGAGUUAUGGAAAUAGAAUGAAGGUAAAGCACGUGGGCUCCGGCGGGACUUCAUGGUGCGUUCAUGUGGAUCUCGGUAAACUAAUGGUGUUUUCACUUGCACUUUGUUAAUUUUGAGAAACUCGAGCUGUUGUAAAGUACCCUUCUGCCAUCUAGUGGCUCUUCUUGUGGCGUUGCUGUCACUGCUGAAAAGAAAAUGUUUAAAUAGAAAAUUGAAUCGAAUCGUGACACCCCUAGUUCGUAGAACGUCUGCAGCUUUGGCAGUUUCAUUUCCUGUAUAUUUGAGCUUCACUGUGAAACUAUGGUCUGAUCACGCCUCAUUCCUCCUCUUGUAUUAGUUCUUAUAAUUCAACAAGAUCAUGACUUCACAGAAGCUCGGAAGAGGAAAAGACACUGUAAAGAUGUUUCGGGGGAAUGUAUCUGUAAUUACAUCAACGUUACAAUGAUUCCCCUCAAAGGCCAUAGUUUUGGGCUCUUUGGUCUUCGUGCCUGACAGUUUGUUACAAGGCAGAUGCUGGAUAAUGAUGCAUUCAAGAAUAACAUUUGUUGAUAUGAAAUGUAACUUUUGUUUCAUUCCAAAAUGUUUGCAUUUUGUCAUGUUUUAUGUUUGUGGUCACUACUCUGUCUAAUUUAAAUGGAAUAUCGGUGUCUAUUCCACGUAACGUCCAAACCGUCAUUAAAAUGUUAUACAGAAAACUCAUUAUAGUUGUUCCUAUGUUAGAUACGUGUAGAAGACUCCCUUUUCUUGGUUUCUACUUCCUUUACAAGAUGAUAUCUCUGAAGCCUUACACCCUUACAGUACAUCCCUCCAACCACAUCAAACAGCAUAAAUCACUUUUGCCUUUUGUGCCCUCCUUAAAAAAACUGCCGCGUUUACAUCGUUUUAUUGCACUUCAUUGCAUUCAGCACCAAAAUACUUGUGAACAAUCAUGUACAACUUCCUUUUGCUGUCUGCGGUCCACUAAUGCACCGAGAUUUUCAUUCAACUCUGUAAUACAUCUCUAUCGUAGGUCUCUAUAAACUCCAAAUGUGUACUCACUGUGACUCACACUGAUGUGAAAACUUUGCUUCACAGUUCCAGUCAGGGAUUGUAUCGGUAGUGUCUUGUAAGUGAGAACUUGAAUGGUGACUGAUUGAUGACAUUCCUUUUUGAAUUUAUUUCCAUCGUCAUUUGGGAAUAUUUUUUUGUCUUUUGUGCUUUGUAAAAUCAUGGAACACUCUUUGGUUCUCACCACGGCACCUUUUUAAGAAAAGGGGAUCCAACCUGUUUCAGCCCAAAGUUUAAUUCAUGUAUUCCUCUGUUGCAAUGUAAAAUCCUCUGCUUUCUUUUUGAAGUGUACAAUCUUUUUUUUUUAUAUAUAUAUAUAUAAUUUUUUUUUUUUUUUUUCUCUCACCCAAAUUGUAUACAUGAAGGUUGCACAUAGUCACUGACACAGAGUCAAGGGUUCCCUUAAGAAGAAUGUGUUUUGAGUUUAACACCGCUGUAAAAUGUAUUUCAAACCGUUGUAUAGGAAAUCUUCGGAGGAUUCAACAACAUGAUGAUAAUACUGUUGGACAAAAAAAGCACUCUAACUACUUGCUGCACAGCCUACCUUUAAAAACUGUUAUAAUAUGUAAGUCAUAAAAAAAACAUAUUAAAUGAAUGUAAAUCAAA